AUGGAAAAGUGCAGUGAACAAGUGUCAUGUGAAAAGAAAAAGUUUAGCACGUUUGAUAAGGCCAGAGUCAUUUAUUUCAGGCAAUUAAUUUGAAAGAUAUUAUCAAUUAAUUACAAAAACAAAAUUAAUUCUUUUGAUACUUAACAUAACAACGCGAAAUAGAUGCUAUCAGCUCGGUUUGCCAUAUUUAUAGGUUAAGACGGCAUGUACAUAUGUACUUUGCGAUUGCUAUAAAUGUUUUUUUCAGAUAGCAUUGAGUCCCAUUACCUCCACGCUGAAUUUUGAUUAUGAAGUCGGAUAAUCGUCAAUUUAUCGAUUAAUCAAGAAUUAUCGACAGUUUAAACAAAAAUCCCAAAAAUGUUGAUACGCAUCCACGAUCGUUUGCCAGCAAAGGCUAUUAAAAACGAGUAUAUCACAGAAAGCAAUUACACACAGGCAUAUUCAUUUAGUCACUCAAGUGAACAGGACUCCCAGAAGCAAUCCCUUGCUGAAUUUAUACAAACACUAUAGAGUUACAGGAAUCUCUUUGGUUCAUUAUGCCAGCACAAACAAAAUGUCAUCAAAGAGCAAUCCAUAUGAUGAAAUAUCAGAUCCAUCAACAUCAUUAUAGCAGAUAGUGGACAAUGUUGUGGAAAUGCAUUCAAAUAGACAAGCAACUUUUGAGAGCUUAGAUUUUGUGCCCAUGGUGGGCAGGAAUUGUGUCUUCGGUACUGUUUGUGCAAGGACUAUUAUAUUCCCGUUGGUAAUAAUGUCACAAAAGAAUGCGAUCAAAUUCAGUAACCACAUGCCUGUGAUACAAGAAUUGCAAAGAAAAAUGAUGGACGUUAGAUAUUCCGGUGAUCCAGUCGAAAGUACAAGGGCAGCGAGUGAGUUAAUGAACUACAUGAAGAAGAACAGAGUUAGUGCCAUGAAGAAUAUUAUGAUGCCAUUAAUCUAGGUUCCGAUAUUCUGCUCCUUCUUCUUCGCCCUGAGAAGUAUGACAAAUUUACCUGUGGAGAGCUUGAAACAGGACGGCUUUCUUUGACGGGGCCGUUGCAACUGUCUUAGACGCCCCUACGCUCGAAUUCGUUCGCGCGCUCCAGUCCGAAGCUGCAAAAGAAGUGAUGAUGUGGCUCAAUUUCUUCCCGGCUCUUCGUCUUCCCCGACAAGACAUACUUCUCGCUCCUGCCGCUUUCCUGAUACCCUCGUGAAAGAUGGCACCACGAUCCGGAAGGUGAAAGUCUCACGAUGAAGAGGGAAGGAGUGGUGGUGCACAUAUAGAGGGGCGGAGAGGGCGCGGCUUGUCCAGACGCUCUCUGUCCUGACGACGACGACGACGACGACGACGACGACAACGAUGUCGCCGAAGUUAAUAUUCCUGCUAGGAUCCCUGUGUCUGCUUGCCGGGACACGGGUCAGAGCACAAGAGGACGAAGGCGACGACGAAAGCGGCCCGAACGCCGAGGAACUUUGUCAGGACAGGCCGGGCGAUGAAUACUUUCGCUUGAGCGUUGAAGGAGACUGUCGCGAUGUCGUGAGGUGCGACAAAGCCACCGAAAUCGGCGUGACCAGACUGGCGACGGUGAAAUGCCCGACCGGUCUCGCGUUCGACAUCGAGCGGCAGACUUGCGACUGGAAGACGAACGUGAAGAACUGCGAUCAGCUCGAGAAGCCGCGUAAGGUCUUGCCGAUUCUUAAGACCGACGAACCCAUCUGCCCGGAGGGAAAGCUGUCGUGCGGUAACGGCGAAUGCGUGGACAAGGAGCUCUUCUGUAACGGCAAGCCCGACUGCAAGGACGAGUCCGACGAGAACGCCUGUACCGUGGAGACCGAUCCCAAUCGCGCUCCCGAUUGCGAUCCGCAGCAAUGCGUCCUGCCCGACUGCUACUGCUCGGCCGACGGCACGCGCAUUCCCGGCAACAUCGAGCCUCAGCAGGUGCCGCAGAUGAUCACAAUCACCUUCAACGGCGCCGUGAACGUCGACAACAUCGAUCUUUACGAGGAGAUCUUCAACGGGCAGCGGCAAAACCCGAACGGCUGCCAGAUCCGCGGCACCUUCUUCGUCUCGCACAAGUACACCAAUUACUCGGCCGUGCAGGACCUUCAUCGGCGCGGCCACGAGAUCGCCGUGUUCUCGCUGACGCACAAGGAAGACCCGCAGUACUGGAGUCAGGGCACGUACGACGACUGGCUGGCGGAGAUGGCCGGCGCCCGGCUGAUCAUCGAGCGGUUCGCCAACAUCACCGACGGCUCCAUCAUCGGCAUGCGCGCCCCUUACCUCCGCGUCGGCGGUAACAAGCAGUUCGAAAUGAUGGCGGAUCAGUUCUUCGUGUACGACGCCUCCAUCACGGCGUCCUUGGGACGCGUGCCGAUCUGGCCGUACACCCUGUACUUCCGGAUGCCGCACAAGUGCAACGGCAACGGCGGCAACUGCCCGUCACGGUCGCAUCCGGUCUGGGAGAUGGUGAUGAACGAGCUGGAUCGUCGUGACGACCCGACGUUCGACGAGUCGCUGCCGGGCUGCCACAUGGUCGACUCGUGCUCCAACAUCCAGUCCGGCGAGCAGUUCGCCCGGCUGCUCAGGCACAACUUCAACAGGCACUUCAACAGCAACAGGGCGCCGCUCGGUCUACACUUCCACGCGUCCUGGCUGAAGAGCAAGAAGGAGUACAAGGAAGAGCUGAUCAAGUUCAUCGAGGAGAUGAUCGCCAGAAGCGACGUGUACUUCGUUACCAUGGUUCAGGUGAUUAAAUGGAUGCAACAGCCCACCGAGCUGUCCGCGCUGAGGGACUUCCAGGAUUGGAAGGAAACCUGCGAUGAGAAGGGUCUGCCCUACUGCUCGCUGCCCAACGCCUGCCCCCUGACGACCAGGGAACUGCCCGGAGAGACCCUGCGUCUUUUCACCUGCAUGGAGUGCCCCAACAACUAUCCGUGGCUGCUGGACCCAACCGGCGACGGUUUCUCCGCGAGAAAGUGAUGAUCCGCGAGCGAAGAAACGCCGUUGCGUCAAACGGCCGCGCGAUCCGAUUUCCCAGAUCGUUUCCCUGGCGAGUCUGGCGAGACGACGGGCGAUCGCGCCGAAAUCACGCGCCGUCGAUCUCAGUGAAUCGACGUGCCGGGAGCACGACGUCUCGGAAAGACAGCAAGGAGAAAGCAAUCGUGGCGCGGGAUCACGGGCGAGAUUUCGGAAUCGUCUCAACGCAAUUAGAAAGUGUCAUCUUGACCGGGGAUUGGAUCGCAUAAGAUGUUCAAGUGAAGCGAGGUGUUUCUGCUUUCGAGGGAAAACGUUCCGCGAACGCGUCGCGGCCGGUUUCUUCGAGUGUCAACUAUUAUUAUUAUUAUUAUUUAUGUAAAUUAGGAUCGGUGAAUGCGCACCGCCGCUCGCGACCGCGAGGACGGUCGAUUUCACGAGGAAAACGCGCACAGUCGCGCCGAUAAAACUCGCAUUGGGAAAAGCAGGACGUCGCUCCUCUUUUCCGCCCGCGAAAUGGGAACGAGCUCGUUCGCGACGUUGCGUCGAUGUCUCUUUGAAAAAAUCGGCAUUCGACAAGAACGAGACGAUCCCGGAGACGUCCCACUUGUACAUAACCACCGGAUCCUUGCCCUCCUCAUUAUUUUCCAGAGGCGCGUGUACACGGAACAAUAAUAGAGCUUAUCGGUUAAUAAAAUGAAGAAAACAAAAGCUACCAUCCAGUGCCUCUCUGAACAUGUAUUCCUUACGAUUUAAGCGACGCGCGAGAAGAGAAUCUAAAUAAUAUUUAGCAUCAUUAAGAUAUUUCUGAAUAAAAAAAAUGUACGUACCAAAAG